AUGGAUGGCCAUCCACUUGCUCCUAUUCCACCCCUUACGCUCCAAGAUGGUGUCAAUCGCGAUGAUAUCAACGCUGGGGACAUUGUUGCCGACUGGCUCGCUGCACUGGAGAAGCGACCUAAGAAUGGUCGGUCUACCGACCUCUCAGACCUCUUCAUUGACGAUUCCUGGUGGCGCGAUUUUACUGGCCUUUCAUGGGACAUAGUGACAAAACACGGCCUCGAGGAUGUUGCAGAGUAUCUCACCACCUCGACCACGGGAUUUGGACAGCUGACCGCCAUCAAGGCCGGUGGGCUGCAAGCGAGCUUUGUAGAUAUGAAUGGAUUCAUUUGGAUCCAUGGUGGGUUUACUUUCCAGACAGCCGAUGGCUCGGGCACCGGUCUUGUCCGAUUGAUUAAUGUGGGCACGUCUCGGUGGAAAGCUUGGAUAGUCUUCACUCAACUUGAAAGACUCAACAGCCAAGAUGAGCUUGACAAGCAAAGAUUACGACAAUCCUACACGCAGACAAGGGUCGCCAAUGGUGUCAACGGGGAAAAGGAUGACUUGCAGGUCUUGGUCAUCGGUGCAGGCCAAUCGGGUCUCAUGCUCGGUGCACAUCUCAAGAACAUGGGGGUCAAAGCAUUGCUCGUUGACAAGCUCCCUCGACUCGGUGAUUUCUGGCACUCCAGGUACGAAACAGUUAGAACACAUACACCAAUAUAUACCGACCAUUAUCCCUUUCUCAAAUUCCCAACCAACUGGCCACGAUGGCUUGAACAGGACAAGAUCGCUGGCUGGAUGGAACAUUACGGCCAAGUAAUGGAGCUCGACUAUAUGCUCAGCACGACCGUGAAUAAGAUCGACUAUGACGAGCAGAACCGUCGAUACACCGUCGAGGUGGAAAAUGAAGGCGGCAAGCAUGUCUUCCAUCCUCGACACCUUGUUCUAGCGACUGGCGUGUUCAGCGGCCACCCUACCGCACCUGAAAUCCCAGGCAAAGACUCAUUCAAAGGAGAGACAUAUCACUCGAUGUAUCACAAAGCCGCACGCCUCACACCUGAUCUCGCUAACAAGCGCGUCGCUAUCAUCGGCUCUGGCACCAGUGCCCACGACAUCGCUCAGGAUUUUGUCAAUUCGGGCGCAAAAGAAGUCUCGAUCGUCCAGCGUCACGGAAUCUUCUCUGUUUCGGCCAAGGCAAUUGAGGACGCCUACUUCUCCCUCUGGCGGACACCCGGCAUAUCUACCGAGGAGGCAGAUGUCAUUGCCAACUCAUUCCCCACCGCAGUGGCUCGGACAUUUAACAUCGGCCAAACGCACAUGAUGGAGCAGCACGACAAGGAACUGAUUGAGGGCAUGGAGAGGGCCGGUAUGAAGUUGAAACGGGCAAAGGAAGUGGGGUAUGGCUUCAUCGACCACCUCUUGGUUAAGACCGGUCACUUUUACAUUGACCAGGGAGCCAGCCAGAUGAUUGUGGACGGGAGAAUCAAGAUCCACUCUUGCGAGGAGGGUGUCAAGGAAUUUGUUCCGGAGGGUUUCGUCCUGGGAGACGGGAAGAAGGUGCAGGCCGACGUGGUCGUUCUGGCGACCGGGUAUCAGCGAAAUGUCGUCACUGUCGAGGAGCUCAUGGGCAAGAAGGUCGCCGAGAAGGUUGGUGACCUGGGCUACCUCGACGACGAGCAGGAGCGGAUCGGGUGGUGGCGACCAACAGGCUUCCCGGGCUUCUGGUACAUGACUGGCAGCUUCGUCUGGGCGCGACAAUUUUCGCCGGUGCUGGCCUUGCAGAUCAGCGCCAUUGAACAGGGCCUGAAUCCGGGAUACUGGGAGCUACGAGAACGGAACAACAAGGGGCUAGGCACGAUCGCGCGGAGAGGGUAG